AUGCCUCCUAAAAAAGCUGCUGCAGAGUCAACUGCCACAAUCUUGAAAGAUUCUGAGCCAGAAACUUUAGAAGAAACAAAAACAGAUGUGUCCACGAGAACGAGCAGUAAAGUGGCUGUACGGAAGGUUUCUCCUCAUCCAUCUACGAUGGAGAUGGUGAAAGAAGCUCUGAAAGGGCUUGACUCCAGGAAGGGGGUUUCGGCUCAGGCCAUCCGUGGGUACAUCAAAGAGAGAUACACGACUGUUGACGAGACCCGACUCAAGUUUAUGGUGCGACGAACCCUGACCAAAGGCAUUGAGACAGGCGUGUUUGUGAGGCCUGCAAAUUCUGGGCCAACCACGACAGGGGCUCAGGGACGCUUUCGGAUUGCUUCGAAGACUAAGGCAAAAGAGGCCAAAGCACAGUCGGAGGAAAAUGCUGAUCCCAAUGUACAGAAAGCGCCCAAACCUAAAAAAGCCAAGGCAUCUAAAGUCAAGGCUGAAGGGGCAAGCAAAGAGAAGCCGAAGUCCACAAAGAAAAAGGCGACUACUGAUGAUGUGAAGCCAAAGGCGGCUGAGCGCAAUGGUACUGCCUCAAAGGUAGCUCCUGCUAAGAAGCCCAAGGCAAAGACUGCUGCAGGGGAGGGUGCAUCUGAGCCCAAACCAAGCAAGGCUAAAAAAGCAUCUAAAGCCUCAGAGGGCACUGAGGAACCAGCAAAGAAAGCGGGAAGGAAGGCAAAGGCUGCAGUAACGCCAGAGGAGGGUGAUGCUGGAGAGAAGGGUGCUGCAGCAGCUAAAGCUCCUGGGAAACGAGGAAAGUGA